CGGAUUGAAGAACGUACUUUGACAAACAAUGAUAAUAUUUGUAUUAAUAAUUAUCUUGAUCAUGAACUAAGACCAUUAGAUCCUCAUGUGAUUGUGGCAAACGCUAGAAAAGCAUUGGGUGAACAAGGAUACAAUUUGUUAUCAAAAAAUUGUGAACAUUUUACAACUGAAUGUAAGUUUGCUUGUUCAAACGACCCCGCCGGAUAA